AUGGUGCAUGACACUGGAGCUACUGGAUUGCGGACGGCGUUUCCGUGUAACACUUGUUCGCUCUCUUUUGAAAGUAAUGGAUUGCAGAGAAGUCAUAUGAGGGGGGCAUGGCAUAUCCACAACCUGCACCGCAAAAUCUCAGGCCAACCUGCUGUAUCGGAAUCCGAAUUCGCAGACUUUGAAAAUGACAACAACGGCACUGGCAAACGGAAAAAGACGCGACAAACCGAAACCAUUCCUGAACCAAGUCAUCGAGACUCAAGACCAGAAUCACCCAUCUCCUCCUCAACCCACGCCUCAUCCUCCCCCUCCCCACAACCCAAUUCGACACCAAAACCAGACCUAUCAACCUGCCUCUUCUGCCCCCACGCCUCACCCACCCUUUCCACAAACCUAUCCCACAUGUCCAGCACGCACAGCUUCUUCCUUCCCUCUACAUCCUCCACCACCGCCUCAGCAAUCGAACCCCUCCUCGCCUACCUCUCCCUCCUCAUACACACCUACCACGAAUGCAUCUUCUGCGCUCGCGAAAAAGGGAGCGUGAAGAGCGUGCAGAGUCACAUGCGUGAUAGGGGCCAUUGCAAGGUUGAGGCGGGGUUGUGGGGUGAGUUUUUCUUGUCUUCUUCGGAGGAAGAGGGAGACGAGGAGGAAGAUGAGAAAGAAGGGGAGGGAGAAAACGUGAGGCGGGUAGAAGAUGUGGGGAUGACGCGAAAGAAGAAGAGGAGGAGUGGGAAGCGUGUGGCGCGUCGUCGAUCUUUGCAACAGCGGGAUGAAGAAGAAGAUGGUGCUGUGUCGAGUACGGAACAAGUAUCAUCGCUGGCGGUUUCGUCGUCCCACUCUGAGAUAUCUUCUGGUCCGCUUCUUCCGCCUACACCUGCACCGCCGAUAACAGGGCGCAAUACCGAACUCAGUUUGUCGGGUUUGUCGACGGCGCAACUUGUUAGUUUGGCGAGCCUGGAUAAGAAGAUGCGGCGGCAACAAGUUGUUGCGCAGAAGAAAGUGAGUCAGCGGGCGUUGAGCCAGCCGGUCAAGGCGAUAUAUUACAAGACGGAGAAUCCGGUGUAUCAGGCUGGAUGA